AUGUCUCUCGUCGGAGGUGAAAAGACUAACUUUCAGUUCAUCAUCCGUCUGCUGAACACCAACAUUGAUGGCAAGCAGAAGGUCGUCUACGCCCUGACCAAGGUCAAGGGUUGCGGUCGCCGCUAUGCCAACAUCGUCGCCAAGAAGGCCGAUAUCGACCUGAACAUGCGCGCCGGUGAGCUCUCCGCUGAGCAGCUGGAGCGGAUAGUCAGCAUCCUGCAGGCUCCCACCCAGUACAAGAUUCCCUCCUGGUUCCUUAACCGUCAGCGCGAUAUCGUCGACGGCAAGGACAGCCAGAUCCUGGCCAACGGUGUCGACUCCAAGCUCCGUGAGGAUCUCGAGCGCCUCAAGAAGAUCCGCUCCCACCGUGGUCUCCGCCACUACUGGGGCCUCCGCGUUCGCGGUCAGCACACCAAGACGACCGGUCGUCGCGGCCGGACUGUCGGUGUGUCCAAGAAGAAGGGUGGUUAA